GGAGGAGGUUUGUUACAGUGUGUCACCCCAGUAGUAAGGAGAUUACAUGAGGAGGAGGUUUGUUACAGUGUGUCACCCCAGUAGUAAGGAGAUUACAUGAGGAGAGGGUUUGUUACAGUGUGUCACCCCAGUAGUAAGGAGAUUACAUGAGGAGGAGAAGGUUUUGUUACAUUGUGUCGCUGGUUCUGUGAUUCAGGCUCCUCCUCUUCCCCUCCAGCUGACCCAGUUGUCUCCUCUUCUCCUGAAUGACCCCCAAGGAUGGACAAGGAAAGGAAUGAGAUGACUAAGAGAAUAUUACACUUCACCUUGGAGAUCCUCCACCUGCUGACCGGAGAGGAUUACACCAUAGUGAAGAAGACAGGGGGGGAGUGUGUGGCCCCCAGCAGCCAUCUCCAUGAGUCAGGAGGACGGAGCAGGGCCCGGGGCCCCAUCACAGAGCCUCCACCUCACUCACUGAUACAUGAGGAGAAGAUCCUAGAACUCACCCACAGGAUCACUGAGCUGCUGACUGGAGAGGUUCCUAUAAGGUGUCAGGAUGUGGCGGUCUAUUUCUCCAUGGAGGAGUGGGAGUAUGUAGAAGGACACAAGGAUCUGUACCAGGACAUAGUCAUCAUGGAGGAUCACCGGCCCCUCACAUCACACGAUGGAGUCAUUGAUAGAAAUCCACCAGAGAGAUGUCCCCGUCCUCUGUAUUCCCUGGACUGUCCAGAGGGAAAUGUCCCAGAGAAACAUCAGGGUGAAGAUCUGAUGGAUAUUAAGGUUGAGGUUAAAGAUGAAGCAGAAGCGGAGACUAAUUUCGAGGCCGAUCAGCAGUAUGGAGUCAUUGAUAGAAAUCCACCCGAGAGGUGUCCCUGCCCUCUGUAUUCCCAGGACUGUCCAGAGGGAAAUGUCCCAGAGAAGCAUCAGGGGGGAGAUCUGACUAAUAAUAAAGUGGAGGAUGAAGAAGAGAGGAUGAGGGGCCAUCACCCGUGUAUGAGGGAAGUGAAGGAGGAAAUUCCAGGAGGUGUUAUCCCAGAAAAUCUCUGUAAGAAUGAGGGAAACGUCCUGUUAUCCCUGAAUAAUAAACGAGAAGAUGGAGAGAUUAUGGAGCGCUCCUCAGGAGAAGAUGGAGAGAUUAUGGAGCGCUCCUCAGGAGAAGAUGGAGAGAUCAUGGAGCGCUCCUCAGGACAAGAUGGAGAGAUCAUGGAGCGCUCCUCAGGAGAAGAUGGAGAGAUCAUGGAGCGCUCCUCAGGACAAGAUGGAGAGAUCAUGGAGCGCCCCUCAGGACAAGAUGGAGAGAUCAUGGAGCGCUCCUCAGGAGAAGAUGGAGAGAUCAUGGAGCGCCCCUCAGGACAAGAUGGAGAGAUCAUGGAGCGCUCCUCAGGACAAGAUGGAGAGAUCAUGGAGCGCUCCUCAGGACAAGAUGGAGAGAUCAUGGAGCGCUCCUCAGGAGAAGAUGAAGAGAUCACGGAGCGCUCCUCAGGAGAAGACCUCCUUACCCCUAAUGUCCAUCCAGAUCUAUCCUAUAAUAAUCCCCCUGAUCAUGGGGAACCUUCUCCUGACCAACCACACAUUGUUACAAACAGAAAGAAGCUGUAUGUGUGUUCAGAUUGUGGACAAUGCUGUUUAAGGCAAUCAGAUCUUACUAUACAUGAGAGAACUCAUACAGUAGAGAAGCCAUAUUUAUGUUCAGAAUGUGGGAAAUGCUUUAAACAUAAAUCACUUCUUGUGUUACAUGAGAGAAUUCACACAGGAGAGAAGCUACAUUCAUGUUCAGAAUGUGAUAAAUGUUUUACAUGUAAAUCGCAUCUUGUUAGACAUGAGAGAAGUCACACAGGAGAGAAGCCACAUUCAUGUUCAGAAUGUAUGAAAUGUUUUACAACUAAAGCUGAGCUUAAAAGACAUCAGAGAACUCACAUAAAAGAGAAGCUAUUUUCAUGUUUAGAAUGUGGGAAAUGUUUUAGGACUAAAGGAGAGCUUGUUCUACACGAGAGAAUUCACACAGGAGAGAAAGCAUUUUUAUGUUUAGAAUGUGGGAAAUAUUUUAGAACUAAAGGAGAGCUUGUUAGACAUGAGAGAAGUCACACAGGAGUGAAGCCAUUUUCAUGUUCAGAAUGUAAGAAAUGUUUUGGAGCUAAAUCAGAUCUUGUUAGACAUGUGAGAAGUCACACAGGAGAGAAGCCAUUUUCAUGUUCAGAAUGUAGGAAAUGUUUUAGAGAGCAUUCAGAUCUUGUUAUACAUCAGAGAACUCACACAGGAGAGAAGCCAUUUUCAUGUUUAGAAUGUGGGAAAUGUUUUACAACUAAAUCAGAUCUUGUUAGACAUGUGAAAAGUCACACAGGAGAGAAGCCAUUUUCGUGUUCAGAAUGUAGGAAAUGUUUUAAAGAGCAUUCAGAUCUUGUUAUACAUAAGAGAAUUCACACAGGAGAGAGACCAUAUUCAUGUUUAGAAUGUAGUAGAUGUUUUAAAACUAAAUCAGAGCUUGUUAUACAUAAGAGAAUUCACACAGGAGAGAGACCAUAUUCAUGUUUAGAAUGUAGUAAAUGUUUUAGAACUAAAUCAGAGCUUGCUAAGCAUGAGAGAACUCACACAGGAGUAAAGCCAUAUUCAUGUUCACAAUGUGGGAAAUGUUUUAGAACUAAAUCACAUCUGUGUAGACAUGAGAGAUGUCACACUGGCCAAAAGGAAUUUUCAUGUUCAAAAUGUAUAAAAUGUUUCAUAACUAAAGCGGAUCUUGCAAGACAUCAAAUAACUCACACAGGAGAGAAGUAAUUUUAAUGUUCAGAAUGUGGGAAAUGUUUCUUAACUAAAAUAUAUCUUGUUAUAUGUGAGAGAAGUCACAGGAUAGAAGCCGCAUUCAUGUUCAGAAUGUGGGAAAUUUUUUUUUUUUCUUUUUACAGAAAUCCCAUCUUGUUAGAGAUGAGAGAAGUCACAAUCAUGUUCAGAAUGUGGGAUAUGCUUUAUACGUAAAUCAGGUCUUGUUGGACAUGAGAGAAGCCACAUUCAUGUUUAGAAUGUAGAAAAUGUUUCACAACUAAAGCAGAGCUUGGUAGACAUGAGACAACUCAGACAUUAAACAUAAAGCAGAGAUUCUAGGAGAGUCUGGAAUAGGUGAAAGUAGUUUAUUUUUUUCCAUCUCUUCCGCCCCCCCCCCCCCCUCCCUCUUAUUGUAAUCUUGGGGAUUUGAUGUAAAGUGGUUUAAUGUUACUUUAUAUAUGAUAUAUUGAUAUGUGUAUAUAGGCGGAGAUAUGACAUUGUUAUUUUUGUAUGUAUGAUGUAGAAAUGAUGUAUGUAAAAGCUCUGACCAGUAUCAGCAAUCUUAUGAUUGCUAUAAAUAGUCCUCUAUGGGGGACAUAAAAAGUAAAAAAGCCCUCCCCCAAUAAAAAUUUAACCCCUUAAGGACUCAAAACAAUUGGAGAUUUUCCUAUCCUUGAUGACAGAAAAUAUAGAUGUUAUUAAAGACAGGAGGUGAACAUUAUGCCAUCUCUUCUUUACUGAUAAAAUAUAGCAGCAAGGGUUAACAGAUAACGUUAAAGGAGUACUCCGGCGCUAAGACAUCUUAUCCCCUAUCCA